AUGGUCUCUACAAUGAGAAAAACCAGAGGGUCUGUAAGAAAACAACAUGCCGUCAAUUACGACGCGUCAAUUGAUUUAGUAGAUAACAAUUCAGACGAUGAUUAUGUUAUCACCGACGAGAAGCACAAACCAUCCACCACAAAAUACAGGAACAGCGACUCUGAAAGUUUAGAUGACGGUGACGACGACGACGACGACGAUGAUGUAUAUGCUCCAAAUAGGAGGUCUAGGCAACGGAAGAGGAAAACAUUGACAAAAAGAACGAGACGUGGUAAACUUUCCUCAAUCACCAAUAAAAAUAACACUUUUGUCUCUAAUAUUGAUGAUAUUGAGAAUUAUGUCGAAAACCCACUAUUUGAAGCAAUGUGUUCGGAGGAUUACCUUGCAAUGGAAACUGCACAGUCGUGGUAUGAAGAUUUCACCACUGAUGAUUUAAACACGAAAUUCGAAGCUUUGAAGGAUUUCCUUAAUCUAAUUCUAAGAUCAUCAGGUUGUAUUGUUCAAUUGAGUCGUCAUGAUGUCACAAAUACAGAAAACGCAAAGGAUACGGUCAAUGAGUUACAGAGAAUGUUUGCAAGGCAAAAAUAUCAUGAAUUCCCAAUGAUGUAUACUCCUGUUGCAAGCAAUAAUAAGGAAUGGAAGAAUUAUCCAUCUAAUGCCUUGGAUUUCAUUUCAUCAAUAAUUCUUAUAGCUGGUCAAACAGGUAUUCUAUAUGAGGACGAUGACCAAUUUAUUGAGCUAUUACUCGAAUGGUUAGGUGCCAUGUCCACAUCGAAUGUUAGGGCUUUAAGAUAUGUAUCUACAGUUUUCGGUUUAGACAUGCAGAAUGUUCUUUGUAAACUAUCGGUGAACUUGUCAACAUUCAUUGACAAAUUUAUAAGGCAAUUGAGAAAAGAAAAUGAUACUCUAAGAGCUUUGAUCGAAAAGAAAGGCAAUAGACAAGCAAAGAGACAGGUCGAGUCCGCAAAUGAGAGGAUAAGAGUUAUUGAAAAUAACGUUGAAAUGUACAAAAAGCAAAAGAAAAUCGUUGAUAACAUCAUCAAUGAUUUCUUCAAUACUUUGUUUGUACAUAGGUAUAGGGAUGUUGCGCCAGAAAUAAGACUUAAAUGUGUCGAUUAUUUAGGUGAAUGGAUGGAUAUAUACCCUGAAAUGUUCCUCGAAAGUUCAUUUCUGAGGUAUCUCGGUUGGCUUUUAACAGACCAAGAGGCAAGCAUAAGAUCUGAAAUUUUUAAAGUUCUUACAAAACUUUAUAAGAGGAGGGUCACAGUUUCUGCGUUACGUCAAUUCACGUCAUAUUUCAAACACAAAUUGAUUGAAAUUGUAAUUUAUGAAACAGAUUUUAAUGCAAGACUUAAUUGUUUACAACUAAUGAAUGAAAUCAGUGAUAAAGGAUAUUUGGAAGAAGAUGAUAAUAUUAAAAUCACUUCCUUAAUUUUCCUUGACAACGAGGAUCAAAUUUAUCCAACUGGUUCGAAGUUGAAUCCAGGCAAAUUCAUGAAGGAAUUAGCUAAAUUUGUAUCCCGAGUGGAAAAGGUAAUGACUUUAGAAAUUUUGGAGCAUGAUGAAAUUACACUAGAAGAGCUAUCCAAUAAGUUGCCCUUUGACCUCCAAAUUGUAGUAUCAUUCAACACCCUACUGAAAGUUAUCAAAGAUUCUUUUGAAUAUUACUCAAUAAAUUACGCUAAAAAGGGCCACAAGCAGCGGGAGGAAAAUUCGAAGAUAGAGAAAAUGAAUAUCGUAUUUCAGUAUAUCUAUCAAUUGAGAAGAUAUAACGGAAAUAAUGAAAACUUUGAACUUCUAUUAAAUUAUAUCACUUAUGAUUUCACUGCAUUUGAUGUUCCUACAGGUGUAUUGGCAACCCUAGAACUGGAUCCCAAGCUUCAAUUACUACUACUUCAGUUAAUUGGUGCUGCGUCGAUAAUUUAUUCCAGUCCUGACAAUCAGUUCUAUAAAGUUCUAAUUCCACAUACAAGGCUGAAAAAAGAGGACAACGAUGGUUUGUUCUUUUUAUCCAAAUUUUACACAAAAAUAUCGGAUAUUUGCUACUAUUUUCAUGAUGAUAUUGCAAAAAUAAAUACAAUAAUCCAUACAUCUAUUAAAUUGAUACAGUCAAAAAAUGCUGGACUACACGCUUUGAAGGACACGAUGGUGCAAUUAUUCAGAUAUUUUUCAGUGAUCAACUUCCCGCUCGCAAGAAUUGAUAAAAAAGAUACCGAGUACUUUGAAUCCGCAACUUACCAAUACAUUGAACUAUUUAAAGCAUGCAAUAUUGAUGAGUUUGAUUUGGUACCACAAGUUGACUCCGUUUUAACAGAAUCCACCAUUAAUCUGAACAAUAAGAUUGAAUCUAAAGAAGGCAUCCUUGAAGCAACUAAUAAACUAUACAUUCUUCUGCAUUGCGAUUUUAUUUCCAAUAAAGUUAUCAAAGAGCUUGCUCGAAUUACUCCUAAAUACAUUAGAUCUCUUCACUCUGCAAUAGCUACUGCCCCUUCUGAAUUUGACAUCGACACAAGUGAUGUUACAAGUUUGAGCUGUGUUUUAGAGAUCGUUAGAAAAUUCACUAAUGUUUCCUUAUAUAGAAUUGUCACACACAAACUCGAUGAUUCUGCUUUCAUUUUUGACACUAUAAAUGAUGUGCAAAAACAUUUGUCUCAUUCGGUUUCUUUCAACCUACCUCUUUUGCAGCUACAAAUGCUAACAACAACAUAUCUUGAAAAUGCUCUUACGAUAACCGCCUUUAAAUCAGAAUAUGGAAGUGGGAGUGAAUUACUUCAUAAAUUCAUUUCCAGAAGUUCCGUUGUUAAUAUAUUGAAAUUAUUUUGCAUCAGGGAGUACCAAUAUGCAGAAUUAAUGGGGCAAGAAGAUCAAUUAGAAAGGGAUGAAAAGGAAGACAUAAACUUUUCAAGUUACAAAGUGAAUAUAACAGAAGAAGAAGAAGAAGAAGAAGAAGAAGUAAAAAAAUAUCAUUAUCUUUAUCUACUAUGUGAAUUAGCCUCCAAAUUGCUAUUAGUUUGUAAGUUAGAAAUUAUUCCUGAGGCCGAGGAGAAUAAGAAGGUUAUGGAUCGUAUAUCCAAAAACUCAGGUGUCUUAGGAACCCAAUUUCAGGAUUUGUUGAAUGCUGUUGGCGUUGUUGUAGACAUCAAAGAACAAACCAAAAAGCCUUUAAAACAGCUGAAGCUUACCGAUUUACAAAAUAAACCAAAGAAGAGAAAGCUAAUCAAUAAUAGUGAAGGCGAGAGUGAAGGCAAGAGUGAUCAAGGGGGUGAAGAUGAGAAUGAUCCAAUUGAAAAUUCGGAUGAUGAAGUAGAAGGUGUACAAGAUGAAGGUGCUUUCAGCGAGGACAUUGACGAGAACAUGGAAUUCAGUGAUGUUGACGGCGACGAUAUUGAAAGUGAUAGCCUUGACUCUGGAAAAUUUAAGAGACAAAAGACCAAUGCAUCAGCUCAUGGUUCUCUGGCUUCUUCUUUCCCCUUUACACAAUAG